UUUCCCUUGGAAUUUUCACCGGCCCUUGAUCAUAUGAUCAUGACAGCUUCAUUUAUGUAAUAUUCUAUGAUAGCUCCCUCAAUAUUAAUUAUAUCAUGAAACCAUUCAUCAAUAACCCUUUUUCCAUUGCUCCCGUAAUUGGCAGCUUCAUCAUCACUAGUGUGAUCAAUACUUACUCCAAAAAUGUCUACUCCUAUGCAAUACUUCAACGAUCUUCCUCCGGUGUCCAAGACCUAUGUUGUUAUCUGCUUUAUGACAUCGGCGGCUAAUUAUUUGAAUCUUUACCACUAUACGAUCAUAGGGCUUUACUAUGCAGAUGUUGUCAAGCGUUUUCAGGUUUGGAGACUGAUUACCAACUUCUUUUUCUUGGCGCCCUUCUCGUUUACCUUUGCCUUUCGGAUUCUACUAGUACUAAGGCAUGGUGUUCAACUGGAGAGGAGUACAUAUGACAAGAGAACUGCAGAUUUCUUAUGGAUGUUUAUCUUUGGAGCCAUCUCUCUUUUGGCCAUGUCCAUUGUUCCUUUCCUGUGGUCACCCUUCAUGGGCGCCUCCUUGGUUUUCAUGAUUGUAUACAUUUGGUCACGCGAAUUCCCUAAUGCCCGACUUAAUAUACACGAUCUUUUUGAACUCAAGGGGUUUUAUUUGCCUUGGUACAUGCUUGCAGUAGAUCUGGUUCUUGGAAAUCCUUUAAAACCAGAUAUACUUGGAAUGGCUGCAGGCCAUUUGUAUUAUUUCUUGACAGUUCUCUAUCCUCUUUCUACCGGAAGAAACAUUUUCAAGACUCCUCUAUGGGUUCACAAGCUGGUGGUCUUUUGGGGAGAAGGAAUUCAAAUGAAUACAACUCAGAACAAUGUCUCUUCGUCGGGAACUUCUUUCCAAGGAAGAGGCCGACGUUUGGAUGGGGGGAGACCAAGCAACGUCGGGCCUCAAGAAAGACCCGACAGUCCGGCCCGACAGCAGCCCAAUCAAACGGAUGCUCAUCUCAUCUUUCGUGGGAAAAGCCGUCGACUAGGCGCUGGACGUUAAUAAUGUCCUAUGUUAUGUCUCUCAUUUAUUAUGAAUAAAACCUAAGUUUCUAUAG